AUGAGGCGAGCGCAGUGCAUUAUUGGAAUUGUUGCCGUUGUGAUAAUCAAUGCGAUCGCCGUUCAAUCUGUCGAACAACAAACGAAACAGCUGUUCGAACAUGGACUUUCAGGCGAGGAACGAAUAAAGUAUUUUGGCAGUGAGAGGGAAAGUGAUUGGCCGUACUAUGAGGUGGUGAAUCUUGAGGUGCUUCGUCCGGACGGCUUAGUGGAAGUGAAUGAUUUCAACUUAAGUUUCUCCUUUCGGAAUGAAUCGAUCGUGCUUCAUCUUAGACCGAACAACGUGCUAACUACGCCGACGACUGUGUGCUCAACGGAGCAGGAACGUGUCACGAAAGUACUGAACAGAGAUGAACCCGAGACCGUCCAGCAUUUUGUGCAUAAUGAUGAAAACUACACGGCUGCUCUUUCGAGCAAGGGCGACAAUCAAUUUACGGGUAUAGUAUUUCACACAAUUGGACCACUAGAAAUCCUUCCUUUGGAUCAUCAGUCACUAUCCAUGCCGCUGUCAUCAUCUUUGCGAAGACCACAUUUGAUCAAAGCACUUCAGUAUCCAGCAGCUUCCUCCGAUGUGUCGUAUGAGCUCGUACGCCGUCGUACACACUCCGAAAUUCAUCUGCUUGGUGAUACACUUGGGCAAAUGAAUUAUUCCUCAUCUGAGCUGGAAGAACUGGACGCCAGAGAUGGUCGCAAUCGAAGCGCUCUGACCAGAAGUGGCAAACCUAUGAUAGAACUGGCGGUAUUUUUUGACGAAGCAGCCUACAAAACAUUUGCACCUUACUUCAACCACAACGAUGCACAGUUGCGAGACUUUUUGCUGGCGUACAUCAACGGCAUCCAAGCGCUGUAUCAUCAUCCAUCACUUGGGCAAGGCAUUGAUAUUGCGCUAGUGUACCUUGAGCUUAUGCGCACCCAGCCAUCUGCUAUGCCACACUACAAUGGGGAACGAAAUUUGCUGCUAGAUUCGUUCUGCUCCUAUCAGGACAGCUUAAAUCGGGGCCGCUGGGAUAUGGCCCUGUACCUCUCUGGGUUGGAUUUUUACGCGAUCGAAAAUGGUCGCCGUAACGGAGGAACCAUGGGCCUGGCAACGGUCGGUGGAGUGUGUUUAAGUGAGUACGCAUGCGUCAUUGCGGAGUUCGGCGCGAGGAAUGUAUUCGGCAAACCGUAUCCAUCAUCCGGCUUUACAUCCAUCUUUAUCGCAGCUCACGAGAUCGGCCACAAUCUAGGAAUGCACCAUGACUCCAUAGGCAAUAGAUGCCCAAAGGAUGGAUUUGUAAUGUCUCCCUCAAGAGGAACACAGGGAGAAACGACGUGGUCUACGUGUAGUGCCGAUGUGAUCACACAAUUGAAUUGGGCUAGUUGUCUGUUCGAAACGGAUUCGAAAGUAGCGACAGAAUAUGAUACUACGAAAUAUUACGAUCAUCCUGGACAGGCCUGGACUGCUAAAAAACAGUGUGAGGUGCUUCUGACCGACAAGGAUGCCAUCCUUGCGUCUUCUGAAUUGCCAGCAAUUUGCCAGAACUUAAGAUGCCGGACCCCUCAUCGAACUGGAUUUUAUUUCGCUGGUCCAGCACUGGAAGGCACUGAUUGUGGGGACAAUAAGUGGUGUGAAGGGGGUAAUUGCAUAAAGCAAAAGAAAAAACCAACCUACAUUGUACAAGGGGGUUGGAGCGAAUGGAUGGAUGAAGAGUGUGUUUCCGGCUGCUUAGAGCAAUCGAUGGGAUACAAGCGACGAACCCGCCACUGUGAUAAUCCUGCACCGGUGAAUACCGAUCAAGGUUGCGAAGGUGUCGCUCUGGAUAUUGCAAUUUGUGACGAUGGAAAGCUUUGCAAUAUGAACCGCGAACCGGUUCAGUUCUACGCCAAUCGACGAUGCCGAGAGUUCAGCCAAUUGCUCCCUCGACUGGAUCCCGAAGGUCGUGGUAUUCAGGGUCCGUACGAUUCAAAGCGAUUGUGGAUGAGCUGUGCGAUCUACUGCAAGCGUGCCGACAGCGACGCAUAUUACGCGCCACGUUUCGAUCUGAAUGAUUUAGGUGUCGAUUCAUACUUUCCCGAUGGAACCCUGUGUCACCAGGAAAAGGGAACGAAAUACUACUGCCAGCAGCACCACUGUUUGCCGGAGAACUUCAAAACAUCCAAAAUAUCUAUUUGGACCAUUACCGACGACAUACCAGUAGCCGGGAACGCUUUGCCGCUGGACACCCACUUCCUGAAUAGUGCAAUAUUAAACUAUCUCUCUUUGGAUAAUAAUACAACGCCAUUGACGGGUACAUGGAGCUUAAAACCAGAGGAACUUCCAAAUGACGAUCAGUGGGUUGAUCAGGAUUAUUUAGAUUUGUCAGGUUAUGCCAGAAGUGAAACAAACCAGUCCGUACAAUGA